AUGCGAGCGCACUGCCACAAAGAUCAAGGCGUGGACGAACUUCGCCAAUGGGAUAGUUUAAAGAAAGGGUACCCAGUGGAGCAACGUCAAGCCCAGGAACUGCAUCGUGAAGCGGGGGUGGCUGAGGGUCCCUGUGGCUUGCCAGAGCUUCGCCAAUUUCAACAGGCGUUGGGAUCUCAAUACCAGCUCUUGGUGAUGACCCGGAUGAAACCGUUCUUUCUGGUUUUCAAAGGACCUGCUGCCCCCCAUCAGAUUCGUUUACUGAAAUCCAAUGAUCAUUUUGAUGGCUGUACGUCCUUUCCUGCCUUUGUCAACCGUUCGUAUUAUUGCGUGAACUGUGAACGGGGGUUCAAAACCAACGAUAGGACCAAUCAUACUUGUCAAGGGAACCGCUGCCGUGCUUGCGGGCGCUUUGACUGUCAGGAUUAUGUGCGUGGCACCCGGCCCACCGACUAUUGCAACCUGUGUCACUGCAAGUUUUACGAAGGCUAUUGCAAACGCCAUCAUGUGGUCACCAAGCAAUGUCAAUCCGUCAAAACCUGUCUCAAGUGCCAAGCCCAGUAUACGGUCGUUCCUGACCGACGUCACAAGUGCGGGCACGCCAAAUGUCCCGUGUGUCAGGAAUGGGCGUCUAUCCAGGACCACAAGUGUUACAUUCAACCCGUGGUGGAGGACGAGGAGCCAGAACCAACAGAGGAGGGGGGAGGUUGCAUUGUGGCGCCAUCCCCUCCCCUGUUUGUUUACGCCGAUUUGGAAGCCGUGCAGAAUGCGGAGGGUGUGUUUGUGGCUAAUUUGUUGUGUUAUUCGUCCAGCGAAGAAGCGACCAUCCAUGUGUUAGACGGGGAGGACUUUGCCCUGCAGUUUUUGCACGAUUUGGAUGAUCUCACCGAGGUACCGGACAGGGAUGACGAGCGGGAGAUUCUCGUGGUGUUUCACAACUUGAAAGGCUUCGACGGCAUGUUUAUUUUGCACGAACUGUACCAGCAACAACGCGAGGUGGCAGACCAACUGACGGUGGGGGCCAAAGUCCUGUCUUUCAAGAGCGGACCCCUCAAAUUCAUCGACUCGUUGUGUUUCUUGCCCAUGCCACUCGCGUCCUUUCCAAGCACCUUCAAUUUGACGGAAUUAAAGAAGGGGUUCUUUCCCCAUUUGUUCAAUACCCCGGGCCAUCAACAGUACGUGGGCCGGAUCCCCGAUUUGGAAUUUUACGAUCCCGAUGGCAUGAUGGCCAAAAAAAAGAGGAACUGA